UCCUCCCAGUCAGGAGGCAACAACAUGAACCUGUCCGACCUGCCUACGUUCACUCCCAGCACGUUCCCUCCCAGCGCCUUCAACUAUGAGCGACCGAGGCAUUUUAUUCAGUCUCAGCCGGCCUUCCAGGCACCCAGCUACGACAGCGUGCUGAAGGAAGCCCAGGAAAACCAAAACAACUCCCAGCAGAACCUCAACAGUGCCCAGAAAAGUCCAAAUGUCCUGGAGACGCAGAUUCAAACUAAAGCCAUGUCCACACAAAGUCAGUCAUUUUCUCAGUCCGCGUCAAAGUCCUUGUCAGAGACCCAGUCACAGCUUCAGUCACUGAGCCUCAGUCACAACCAAUACCAGUCCGCCGCAACGCCACAGAUCCACAUCCAGGCCAACGGAACAGCCAAGAGUUCUCCGUCUUCAUCCAGCCUCAGCUCCCCUGUCUCCACCCCGGCCUCCUCUGCUGUACCUGCUCUUUCCUCCGCCAGCCCUAUACUCAGUCACUCUCCCACCUCCUUCUCAUCUCUCCCAUCCUCAUCUCUCCCCCGCACCACCAUGCGCUCCACCAUCACCCUCACCCCUAGCGUCCCCAGUGCUACUGGCCUUGGCAGCGCCACCUUACCUGCUAACCAGGACAGCAUGUCGGCCUCUGCUGCUUACCUCUGCUCAGUGUUACCCUCCCAGUCCUCGUCCAAACUGUCUCCUAACACCAACCGUCCCCUCUCCUCCACCUCCCCCUCCCGCUCCCCACUCGCACCCUCAAGCCCUCUCCUCCCUCUGAGAACCUCCUUUUCUUCAUCUGCUCUCCCUCAACAACCUCCGCCAGUGUCUCCUUCCCUCCCAUGCUCCCCUCUCUCUUCUUCUUCCUCACCCUCCUGUGUCCCACAGCAGCCUUUCACUCCCAGCACCCAGAACAGUGUACAGCCUGCUGUGGUCUCCUUACCUGCCAGCUAUAAGGGGACGCCAAGCACCCUUCCCAAACCCAUACUGAAGAAGGCUAUAGCUCCUCGACCGUCCUCCGCCCGCUCCACAGAUGAAGACAUUCAAGGUUCCAAAGACGCUUUGAUUCAGGAUCUGGAAAAGAAGCUUCGCUCAAAGGAAGCCAGGAGGAGAAACAGCCAGGUGUGCCCCCCUCCUCCACCACACACACACACACACACACACACACACACAAUCUGCAGGGGGAGGCACCACUCACGCACAGAUGAGAGGGGUAACGAAGGAUUGGCUAUCCAGGAGAAAUGUUACGCGCCUCGCUUCCUGCAGGUCCCCCCAGACCUCACAGUGGAGGAGGGGCGCUUCUGUAGGCUUGACUUCAAGGUGGGAGGCCUCCCAACGCCCGAUGUCUCCUGGUAUCUGGACGGUAAAGCCAUUCGUCCAGAUGACUACCAUAAGAUGCUGGUGUGUGAGAAAGGGAUGCACUCAUUCAUCAUAGAGAUUGUGACGGUGCAUCAUGCUGGUGUGUACGAGUGUGUGGCCAGGAACCGAGCCGGGGAGAGCAGAUUUACCAUGAGGCUCAAUGUAAUCGCUCAGGAAGCGCUCCGUCCUCCUACCUUUGUCCAGAAGAUGGUGAACUCCAGAGCUCUAGAGGGCGACACGAUCAGGUUAGAGUGCAAAGUGGAUGCUUCCCCUCCACCGCAGCUUUUCUGGAAGAAGGAUAAAGACAUGCUGCGCAUUGACCCCAACAGAAUGAGUCUGUACCAGGACGGGUCAGGCCGCCAGUGCUUGUUGAUAGAGAGGGUGAUGAAGUCAGAUGCUGGCUGGUACACUCUGUCUGCCAUCAACGAAGCUGGCAUGUCCACAUGCAACGCCAGGCUGGAUGUAGGAACCCGCACAACUCCGGCCAUGAAGACUGCUCCUGCUGGCUCCAAGACUCUGAAGCUGCUGUCCUCUCUGAGCCACAUCCCUGCUCUGACGGUGGAGAGCCCCGCCCAGCACACGGCGCCGUUGUACGAGAGCGAAGAGCUGUAGACCCACACGCUCCCACCCUCCACUAACCACCAUGUCAGAACUGUAAAGAGAGGAGCCUCUGACUGUCGCGUCAGGGCCGAAACAUGAGUGCAGACUAAUAAUCAUCGCAGCGCGCACAACUCACAGUAGUAACACAUUCACUAAGCUUCAUGCAACAGCAAAGCACAUCUGCCAUCUUUACAACACUUGGGUAAAAUGAUUAUGAUGCAGCAUUGGAGACUUUUUACUGUGGGAGAGUAUAGGACUUGUUCUCGUCCAUGUGCUGCUGUUUGUCACACUGUUUCUGCCCAUCUGUCUGUCUGCUCUGCUUUUUCCUCUCCGUCUCUUCAUGUGCCCGUCCUGGCUGCUCUCAGCAGAAUGCGGCUCCUCGGUCAUGGAUGUAUUAAUAGAGCUGGGUAUGUUGUGGCACAGGCUGCGCUGCUGUCAGGUUUGGUCCCAGUGGGCAGCCACAUUACUGCAACAUAAUCUCCUCCAGUCCAGAAACCAUUUUCAAAACGCACAUUUCAAGCAAUGAUGACAGGACACCGGCCAUAUGUUACUACAUGUACUGAAUAUUUAAAAGGUUCUUUAACAUUUGCACAUUUUAAGUUUUUUCCCAUGUCUUAUUGUAAAAUCUGUGAUUGGAGCAGGCCAAGUCAGACAAACUGGAUGCUGCUGCACAGGGGAGGACAAACAUCCUCUGCACAGCAGUGCAUGUGUUGCAGUGCACCCUUCAGAUAACCUCUUCUAUGGUAGAGAGUAGAAAACAGAACCAAGUCGUCCCACAAUCCCACACUGUCUCUGCACAUCACACUCACUCCACUUUAAUCCUGACAGCUGUCUGCUUAUCACUCCUCUGUCCAUCCAUCCAUGUUCUUAACCACUUAUCCAACUUGGGGUUGCGGGGGGGGGGGGGCUGGAACCUAUCCCACCUGUCACGGGAACAGACAGUUAAAAAAAAAAAAAAAAAAAAGAUGGACGUAGCCACUGUGACGUCACUGAUUAGUGAAGUCCCCUCUGAAGCCUCGAGCCGUUUCCGUCUUUGGUGUUUUGAAACAGGAUGUGAUAGGGGAGGGGCGACUCGGACUGUGAAACUGAGAACACCGCAUGCUUGUGAUUGACGCGUCGUUAGCCAAUGAGAAUAUCCUGGACAUUCCUCCUUUCUGGCUCUAAUAAUAACCGUAAUUCCAUUAUUCAGUGUAACCCGAAACUAGUCACAGAGUCAUCAGGAAAGUGUUUACAGAGGUCACACAAGAAGAAAGCCUAGGGCUAUUUUCCCCCAUAGCUUCUAUACAAUCAAGUCUUUUUGCAACCAACGUUGCCCCCUGUUGUCCAUUUAACAACAAUGCAGCUUCAAAGCAAAGCGUCGGCUCCACUUUUUAGACCUGCUUAAAGUUACGUCCAUCUUUUCUGUGCUGUCACAGGGUGAGAGGUGGGGACGCCGUGGACAGGUUGCCAGUGAGGAGAAAGAGUUCUGUACUCGUGAAUUACUGCUAAGGAUCAUUUUGUGUGUCCUUGCAUUAAUGCUGCCUGUGGUGUGUCUGUAACGCUUUUUAAAUGAUCAGAUUCUCUGCUGUUGUAUGAAUUUAAUCGGGUUGAAAUGUUCUGAUACAGUUUAUGUGACUGAAGCUUUUUAUCAGUGUUGAGACUUUUCAUGUGUGCAGCCUUUUGCUGCUAAACACAGGCUGCCAUCCUGAUACCUGAACCCAAAACGUGCUCUGAACUUUAAACGUUUACACUUGGUCACAUCUGCAGUGCAGAUACGUUUGAACUCCAGACAGAAAAUGUUUUUUCCUGUUAAGCGUACAGGCGGGUAUCAGCAUGUCAGCCUCAGUCUGUCCUUUGGUGACUUUAUCCAAAUGGAUUCAUCAGAUAUGCUUAAUUUGCGUGCUUACAUUGAAACUGCUUGCUAUUACCAGCCUGGAGCUCACGUCACAAAAACCAAGAUGGAAACGUGUGUUCUGUGGCCAUGAAAAUCUGGUGUUGACCCCUGUGUGGCCACGGCCUCGCAGUGACGGUUGUUUGCUGAGGUCUGGAUAAACUACAUUUUCUGCCUUAAUGUAGUCCCAGGUGUUACAAUAAGUAGUGGGACUAACUUUACACCAGUGUCCUGUACUGGUCUAAUCCACUGGUUUAGCUAGUUGAUCUUCAGUUGGUCACUAAGACAUGCGGCUCAAAUGGGGUUAAACUUUUAUAAAGCACAGGACUAAGUCAUAAUUCAGAGAUUUUAAACUGCAGUGUGUACUCUCCUGUACUGUUUGUUGUGACAAGAACUUCUAAAUAUCACUGGAUGAAUGAGGAAUAAAGUCUACACGACCUUGA